AUGCCCUUCGCUGUCACCGAUUCGAACUGGGACGACGACGACGACGUCGCUUUGGUGGAAUUGGGAGCGCAAAGCGUGAUUGAGCGGGAGGGCCUGGAAGUGGAGGUGAGAGAAACAUUGCUGAAUUUACAGCGCUGGAGAAGAGUCAUCGAAGAAGAAGAAAAAGAUGAUGAUGAAGUAUGA